UAUGGGCAGAAGUUCCACUCUUGUCUUUUUUCUUAUAAUUUUCAUUCUACUAUUACUACAUGCCAAAGCUAAUAAUAUUAGCACUGAUGAAGCUGCUCUUCUUGUACUUAAAUCACACAUUUCUAACAAUAUCAUAGCAACAAACUGGUCUUCUUCCGUCCCCGUUUGCGGUUGGAUUGGAAUCACUUGCAGCUCCCGUCACCAUCGAGUCACUGCUUUAAACAUUUCUAGCAUGCAACUUUAUGGUACCAUUCCUCCACACCUCGGAAACCUUUCAUUUCUUUCUUCCCUUGACAUCAGUAACAACACUUUUCAUGGAGAUUUGCCACAAGAAUUGGCUCGUUUGCAGAGGUUGAAAUCGAUUAAUGUCACAAGCAAUAACUUCACCGGAGCCAUUCCAUCAUUUUUAAGUUUGUUACCAAACCUACGCUUUGUGCACCUAUCAAGCAACCAAUUUUCUGGGAAAAUUCCAUCCUCCCUUUCCAAUAUAACAAAGCUGCAAGUGUUAUACUUGGAGAGAAAUUUUCUUGAAGGAGAGAUCCCUCGAGAAAUCGGUGAUCUUCGUUACUUGACUAUCCUAGACCUGCAAAUUAAUCAACUUAGUGGCUCUAUACCACCAUCCAUUUUUAACAUUACUACAAUGCAUGUGAUUGCUCUUACGGGCAACAAUCUUACUGGAAAUCUUCCAAAAACGAUAUGUGAUCAUCUUUCAAACUUGGAAGGACUUUACCUCAGUAAAAACUCCCUACAUGGAGUUAUUCCACCAAACCUGGAGAAAUGCAGAAAGCUUCAAAAAUUGCAAUUGGGUGAAAAUGAGUUUAUUGGAACUUUGCCAAGAGAGCUAGCCAACUUAACGGCUCUUACAUAUUUAUAUCUUUCAGAUCUGCAUUUGGAAGGUGAGAUACCAAUGGAGUUCGGUAAUCUUCAGAAACUUCACGAGUUGGAUUUAGCACUGAAUGAGCUAACUGGCUCUGUUCCUCACAGCAUUUUCAACAUGUCAGCACUGCAGAAUAUAGAUUUUGGAGAAAAUAACCUUUCAGGUACUCUACCUUCAGAUUUAGGUCGUGGAAUGCCCAACCUAGAAAUAUUUUAUUGUGGAGGAAAUGAUCUGAGUGGUUUUAUCUCUGCUUCAAUCUCAAAUUCAUCAAAACUCAGACAAUUUGAUCUCUCACAAAACAGUUUCACAGGUUCAAUUCCUAAAUCACUUGGUAACUUAGAAUACCUUGAGUUACUUGACUUGCUGUGGAAUAAUUUUGUCAGUGAUUCAACAUUGAGCUUCCUUGCAUCAUUGACAAACUGUAGGAAUCUAAGAGCACUCACGUUAGCAGGUAAUCCGUUGGAUGGUGUAUUGCCUGCAUCUGUUGGUAAUUUCUCAAACUCCUUGCAAAUUUUUGAAGCAUAUAGUUGUAAACUGAAGGGUGUCAUUCCUCGAGAAAUUGGUAAUCUUACUGGACUGACAAGGAUGAGUCUGUUUAACAAUACAUUAACUGGACAUAUUCCAAAUACUGUACAUGGCAUGUCGAUCCUUCAAGAACUUUACUUAUUGAACAACAAGAUAGAAGGAACCAUACCAGAUGUUGUCUGUAAUUUAAAGAGACUUGGUGCAUUACUCUUGUCAAAAAAUCAUUUUUCUGGUUCGGUACCCUUGUGCUUAGGGAACAUUACUAGUUUGAGGAUACUUCAUCUAUAUAACAACAAGCUGGAUUCUAGAUUACCUUCAAACUUGGGGAACCUUCAAGAUCUCAUAGAAUUAGAUGUUUCAUUCAAUUUAUUUAGUGGGGAAAUUCCAAUGGAGAGUGGAAACUUGAAGGCUGCAACACACAUUGAUUUGUCAAAUAAUUGUUUUUCUGGUAAGAUGCCUAGUACUCUAGGGGGUCUAGAUAAAUUGAUUCAUCUUUCUCUAACACAUAAUAGAUUAGAGGGGCCUAUUCCUGAAUCAUUUGGCAAAAUGUUGUCGUUGGAAUACUUGGAUUUGUCCUAUAAUAAUCUUAGUGGUCAAAUUCCAAAGUCAUUAGAAGCUCUUGUGUAUCUCAAAUACCUAAAUUUCUCUUUCAAUGAACUCAGUGGAGAAAUUCCCACUGGUGGUCCCUUUACAAAUGUAACAAGCAAGUCUUUCUUGUCCGAUGAUGCACUUUGUGGUGACUCCCGAUUUAAUGUAAAACCAUGCCCAACCAAAUCUACAAAGAAAUCAAGAAGAAAAAGAGUGCUUACAGGUUUAUAUAUUCUAUUAGGGAUUGGAUCACUCUUCAUGUUGACUGUUGGAAUUGUGGUGUUAAGAUUGAGAAACACAAAGAAGAAUGCUACUCAAAAGGAUGUGUCCCUCGUUAAAGGGCAUGAAAGAAUUUCAUAUUAUGAACUUGAACAGGCAACUGAAGGAUUCAACGAAGCCAACUUGCUUGGUAAUGGGAGUUUCAGCAGGGUUUAUAAAGGGAUACUUAAGGAUGGUACUCUUUUGGCAGCAAAGGUAUUCAAUGUGCAAUUGGAGAGUGCAUUCAAAAGCUUUGACACGGAAUGUGAGAUACUCCGCAACCUUCGACACAGAAAUCUGACCAAAGUCAUCACCAGCUGCUCCAAUCUUGAUUUCAAGGCCCUAGUGUUGGAAUACAUGCCCAACGGGACACUUGACAAAUGGUUAUACUCUCACAAUUUGUUCUUGAACUUAUUGCAGAGAUUGGAUAUAAUGAUAGAUGUUGCAUCUGCAAUGGACUAUCUCCACAAUGGCUAUUCAACGCCUGUGGUGCACUGUGACUUGAAGCCAAGCAAUGUCUUGUUAGAUGAAGAAAUGGUUGCUCAUGUAAGUGAUUUUGGCAUUGCAAAAAUGUUCGGUGCAGGGGAGGCUUUUGUUCAAACAAGGACAAUUGCAACCAUUGGAUAUAUUGCUCCAGAGUAUGGACAAGAUGGCAUAGUAUCCACGAGUUGUGAUGUUUAUAGUUUUGGCAUCGUGAUGAUGGAGACGUUCACACGAACAAGACCAAGUGAUGAUAUAUUUACUGGAGACUUGAGCAUACAACGUUGGAUUAGUGAUUCCUUUCCGGGUGAACUUCACAAGGUGGUGGAUUCUAAUUUGUUACAGCCAGGAGAUGAACAAAUCGCUGCAAAGAUGCAAUGUUUGUUAUCUAUCAUGGAAUUAGCUUUGAACUGCACUUUAGUGAGACCUGAUGAAAGAAUUAGCAUGAAUGAUGCUCUUUCAGCACUCAAAAAGAUUAGACUACAGCUUGUUAGUAGUCGGCACUGUUCAAUGAGUUUGUGUGAGGGAAGAGCUUUAACUCGUGCAGAUAUGUUUACUCAGUCCACCCUUGCUGAGUGUGGAUUGCUUGCUGAACUUGAGCAGGUUCCUAUUGCAUCUCCACGGGCUUCUGAACCUCUAGAUUGGAUGAAAGCUUUGUAUGGUUUAAAGCAAGCUCCCCGGGCAUGGUACGGAAAAAUUACCGAGUUCCUGAUCAAAAGUGGCUCCAGCAAAUUCAAGCUUAUUCGUAAAAAAACCAAAGAAGCCUCAUUGGAAGCAAUCAGGAAGAUAUUAAGGUAUGCGAAAGGAACUCUUGACUAUGGACUAUUCUAUAUGAAAGGAGCUCCCUGCAAGAUAAUCGGAUACUAUGAUGCGGAUUAUGCUGGUGACCAUGAUACUCAAAGAUCAACCACCGGAUAUAUUUUCAAUCUUGGAUCAGCCACAAUAUCAUGGUGCAGCAAAAGACAACCAACUGUUUCACUUUCAACUAUGGAAGCAGAAUAUCGAGCAGGAACGAUGGCAUCACAAGAGAGCACAUGGCUAAAGCAACUAAUGAAAGACUUGCAUCAACCAUCAAAUGAUAUCAUACCGCUAUAUUGUGACAACUUGUCAGCUAUUCAUUUGGCUGAAAAUCUUGUAUUUCAUGCCCGAACGAAGCAUGUGGGAGUACAAGAUCAUUUUCUUCGAGAAAAAGUUCUUCAAGGUGAAAUUGAAAUAAAGCAAAUAAAGCCAGAGGAGCAAGUAGCAGGCAUCUUCACAAAGAGCCUGGACAACAUGGAGUUUAUAAGAUUUCGAGAAGCGCUUGGAAUGGUUGAAAGAGAAAAUAAAGUUGAAAGAGAAGAACUUGUCAUAGUUAUGGACAGAAAUUACAAUCUUCUCUUUGUUGUUACAAUUUUCAUUCUGAUCCAUCACCAUACUUCACUUGCUACUGAUGAAGCUGCUCUUCUUUCUCUAAAAUCACACAUUUCUAACAACAUCUUAGCAAGAAACUGGUCUUCUUCUGUCCCCGUUUGCAGCUGGAUUGGAAUCACUUGCAGCUCCCGACACCAUCGAGUCACUGCUUUAGACAUCUCUAGUAUGCAACUUCAUGGUACCAUUCCUCCAUCCAUUGGAAACCUCUCAUUUCUUUCUUCCCUCGACAUCAGUAACAACACUUUCCAUGGAGAUUUGCCAGUAGAGUUGGCUCGUUUGCAGAGGUUGAAAUUUAUUGAUGUCUCAGACAAUAACUUCACCGGUCCCAUUCCAUCAUUUUUAAGUUUGUUACUGAACCUACACUCUCUAAUCCUCUUGAGAAACCAAUUUUCUGGAGAAAUUCCAUCUUCCCUUUCGAAUCUAACAAAGCUGCAAGAGUUAGUCUUGGAUAGAAAUUUUCUUGAAGGAGAGAUCCCUCGAGAGACCGGUGAUCUUCGUUACUUGACUAUCCUAGACCUGCAAUUUAAUCAACUUAGUGGCUAUAUACCAUCAUCAAUCUUUAACAUUACUACAAUGCAAGUGAUUGCUCUUACGGGCAACAAUCUUACUGGAAUGCUUCCAAAAACGAUAUGUGAUCAUAUUCCAGACUUGGAAGGACUUUACCUCGGUAGAAACUCCCUAGAUGGAGUUAUUCCACCGAACCUGGAAAAAUGCAGAAAGCUUCAAAUAUUGGAAUUGUCUGAAAAUGAGUUUGCUGGAACUGUACCAAGAGAACUAGCCAACUUAACAACUCUUACAAAAUUAGCAAUGUCAGCUCUGCAUUUGGAAGGAGUGAUACCAAUGGAGCUAGCUAAUCUUAAGAAACUUCAGGCGUUGGAAUUAGCUAGAAAUGAAUUUACUGGUUCUGUCCCUGAAAGCAUUUUCAACAUAUCAGCACUGCAGACUAUAGAUUUUGGACAGAACAAGUUUUCAGGUACUCUACCUUCAGAUUUAGGUCGUGGAAUACCCAACAUUGAAUUAUUCCUUUGUGGAGGAAAUAAUUUGAGUGGUUUUAUCUCUGCUUUAAUCUCUAAUUCAUCGAAACUUAAACUACUUGACCUCUCCAACAACAGUUUCACAGGUCUCAUUCCUAAAUCACUUGGUAACUUACAAUACCUUGAGCAUCUGAACUUGGAGAUCAAUAAUUUUAUCAGCGAUCCAUCAUUGAGUUUCCUGACAUCAUUAACAAACUGUAGGAAACUACGCGUACUCGCGUUAGGUGAUAGUCCGUUGGAUGGUGUUUUGCCUGCAUCUGUUGGCAAUUUCUCAAACUCCUUGCUAAUUUUUGCAGCACCACUUUGUAAACUGAAGGGUGUCAUUCCAAAAGAAAUUAGUAAUCUUACUGGAUUGACAAGGAUGAGUCUGUCUAACAAUGAGUUGAUAGGUCAUAUUCCAAAUACUGUCAUUGGCAUGUUGAACCUUCAACAACUUUACUUAUUUGAAAACAAGUUAGAAGGAUCCAUACCAGAUAUUAUCUGCAGUUUAAAGAAUCUAGGUGCAUUAGACCUGUCAGAUAAUCAUUUUUCUGGUUCAGUGCCCUCUUGCUUAGGUAACAUAACCAGUUUGAGGGAACUUUAUCUAGCUAACAACAAGCUCGAUUCUAGAUUACCUUCAAGCUUGGGGAGCCUUCAAGAUAUCAUAGUAUUCAAUGUUUCAUCAAAUUUAUUGAGAGGGGAAAUUCAACUGGAGAGCGGAAACUUAAAGGCAGCAACACUCAUUGAUCUGUCCAAUAAUUAUUUUUCUGGUAAGAUUCCUAGUACUCUAGGUAGUCUAGAUAAAUUGAUUAAUCUUUCUAUAGCACAUAAUAGAUUAGAGGGGCCUAUUCCAGAUUCAUUUGGCAAAAUGUUGUCUUUGGAAUACUUGGAUUUGUCGUAUAACAAUCUUAGUGGUGAAAUUCCAAAGUCAUUAGAAGCUCUUGUGUAUCUCAAACACAUAAAUUUCUCAUUCAAUAAACUCAGUGGAGAAAUUCCCACUGGUGGUGCCUUUGCAAAUGUCACCAGUCAAUCUUUCUUGUCCAAUGAUGCACUCUGUGGUGACUCCCGAUUUAACGUCAAGCCAUGCCUAACCAAAUCUACAAAGAAGUCCAGAAGAAAACGAGUGCUUACGGCUUUAUAUAUUCUAUUAGGGAUUGGAUCACUCUUCACGUUGUCUGUUGGAUUUGUGGUGUUAAGAUUGAGAAACACAAAAAAGAGUGCAAGUCAAAAAGAUGGGUCUUUCGUAAAAGGUCAUAAAACAAUUUCGUAUUACGAACUUGAACAGGCAACUGAAGGAUUCAACGAAGCCAACUUGCUUGGUAAUGGGAGUUUCAGCAGGAUUUAUAAAGGGAUACUUAAGGAUGGUAUCAUUUUUGCAGCAAAGGUAUUCAAUGUGCAAUUGGAGGGUGCAUUCAAAAGCUUUGACACAGAAUGUGAGGUACUCCGCAACCUUCGCCACAGAAAUCUAACCAAAGUCAUCACCAGCUGCUCCAAUCUUGAUUUCAAGGCCCUUGUGUUGGAAUACAUGCCCAACGGGACACUUGACAAAUGGUUAUACUCUCACAACUUGUUCUUGAACUUAAUGCAGAGACUGGAUAUAAUGAUAGAUGUUGCAUCUGCAAUGGACUAUCUCCACAAUGGCUAUUCAAUGCCUGUGGUGCAUUGUGACUUGAAGCCAAGCAAUGUCUUGUUAGAUGAAGAAAUGGUUGCUCAUGUAAGUGAUUUUGGCAUUGCAAAAAUGUUAGGUGCAGGGGAGGCUUUUGUUCAAACAUGGACAAUUGCAACCAUUGGAUAUAUUGCUCCAGAGUAUGGACAAGAUGGCAUAGUAUCCACGAGUUGUGAUGUUUAUAGUUUUGGCAUCCUGAUGAUGGAGACGUUCACAUGCACAAGACCAAGUGAUGAGAUAUUUACUGGGGACUUGAGCAUACAGCGUUGGGUUAAUGAUUCCUUUCCGGGUGAAAUUCAUAAGGUGGUGGAUUCUAAUUUGGUACAGCCAGGAGAUUAACAAAUCGCUGCAAAGAUGCAAUGUUUGUUAUCUAUCAUGGAAUUAGCUUUGAACUGCACUUUAGUGAGACCUGAUGAAAGAAUUAGCAUGAAAGAUGCUCUUUCAACACUCAAAAAGAUGAGGCUCCAGCUUGUUAGUAGUCGGCACUAGGUGGAAUCGGACCAGCCUACUAUUGUAUGUUAUUUUAGUUAUCAGUCUGCUCUCUUGUUUUAUU